AUGAAUGUGGCUGUUCGGUGCAACCUGCUUGCCUUCAGCUUUGCCUUUGCGCUAGCCGCAGCGGCCACGCCGCUGCAUGUGGGCACCCUCACAUUGGCAUUGUAUGUGGCAAGCAUAUUGGCUUAUGCAGGUGCGAGUUGCAAGUCUGCCAGCCGCAAAGCCAGCGCUUGGAGAUCAGGUCUUGAGACAUCUGAUUCCGUUGAGGUGGCAGAAGUUGCAAUUGCAAGUGGCACGCAGUGGAUCCUGAUUUGUGGCGGUGAGCCCUGUCGUGAUUUUGUGGGCGCAAGGCUUGGUGCGCGGUUGGAGCUCCAACCGAAUGCGCUUGCGUUUUUCUCCAGCGGGCACUUCAAGCUCGAAUCCGACUUUGCACCAGAAGCUGCGGUCCAGCAAAAGCCGACAAGUCACUUCCCUGGCGUUGACUUGCUGCAGCUGCAAAAGGUCAUGCAGUUGGACAGAGAAGCGAUCGAUACUUUGGCCAAUUUCACCACGUUUCUUCGAUGCAUCGACAAGAAGCGUCUGGCUCGUAACAGGAGUGCUCCGGUUGACGUGGUUGUUGUCACCUCUUCUUACCAUGUCCCACGGGCCAAGACGAUUGCCACAUUGGUGCUGGGCUCCAGAGGGCUGUCAUUCCAUUUCGCGGAGGCGCCGGCCCAGGGUGUCGAGGAGAAGGAAGACAUGGCUCGGCGCAGCCUUCGAGAGGGCAGCUUUCGACGUGCUCGUGACGCACUUCGAGCUCUUGUCUGGCUCUUGUCGAGCUUUGAAGGUGAUUGCCUCGCUGGUCUUCUGCAUCAGAAUCGGCGGGCCUUCCGUUCAUGGUACAGGGAGCAAGCAGAACACUGUCGGACAUGA